AUGUGCACAACCGUCGGAAGAUACGACUUUCCCCGCAAUAGUGGUUUCAACAAGGCGAACGGAGCCUGCGUCGCCACCCCGUAAGGGCCAACUCUCCCUGCCUGACCAUUCUCUCUGCACUACAGUUGGACUGAUCACUACAAGGUUUACUUUGUACAUAGCCCGCACUGCACACCAAGAAUCCAGUUGCCGUUUUAGACUUCGAUAACUUCCGGAGGACCUAGAACGGCAAGCUCGCGAUGACGGUCGCUUCGCUGGAGGCGUGCUCGGCUUACUGCUUGAAGCGCAACUGCGCCUCGUUCGACUUCUGGGAUGGCAACCAGUGCGGCAUCUAGCUCGGCGGCGGUGGCUUCGACGGCCUUCAUUACGUACGCUGGCGGUGUCAUCCAUGGUGUGCCGGGCAAGUGCUCGGACUACACGGGCAAGAAACCUGCCAAGGCCACGGCCAAGGCGUGCUCUGAUUCUCAGGCUUGGUGA